AAACCAUAAUAAUAAACCGUAAUAACAACUACAACUUCAGCCAGUGAUUGCUUUGCCUUCUCACUUUAUUCUCUCUCCCUUCGAAGAUGGAGUUCAAUUUUCUCUUUUGGAAAAGACCAGCAUCCUUAAUUCUUAAAAAUUCUUUUACUUUCUAACUCCAGAAGAGAAAAAAAAAAAAAAAAAACAAAUCUUCUGCUUUUUUUCUGCUUUUCCUCUGCACCCAUUUUUUCUUAACGGAAAAUUUCGAUUGUUAAGGUUGUUCUAUCAUUGUUGCUCAACACUUUUGAGGGAAAAUUUCAUCUGGGGUUUUGGUGGAUCAGACCCAGAUCCUGUUUCUGCUUGAUCCAGCUAUAUUGUUAUUUGGUGGUGUAAAAAUCCUGAUAAAGAAGCAAGAGGCAAGGAGGAGCAGAUUUGUGAAUAAGAAGCACCAUGGAUGUUGAUAAGGAUUUUUUUACUGGAUCCUCUGGCUUCCUUCAAUUCGAGUUUUUUGUUGAUAAAUUUAGUAAAUAUGACGCAGUCUUAUGAUGGCUGAGACAGAAGUGAUGAUGAAGAGAGAUUAUUGUUUCAUUGGAUGUUGUUUCUGUCUGGGAUUCAGUUAGUGCAAUUGCUUGGCUAAUUUGCUGAUUGAGGUUGUUGCAUUGUUUGAUUUGAGGAGUUUGAGUAAGAAGUGUGUUUUGAAGUGCAUAAUAUAAAUCUUUUGUUGAACCAAUUUGAAGUUAUGAUCAAGCAGAUAUUAAAUAGGCUCCCUAGGAAGCCUUCCAAAUCGGGGGAUAACCGUGAAGGAGGGGGAAUAUCAACGUCUUCUUUAAGUGCAUCAACAAGUGCUAGGAGUGGUGAUUUAGCGGGCUACCGUUAUGGAAAUUCAACUGCUUCACCUCUUUCAGGUGUUGAUUCUAAUUUGAAUCCUGGACUAAAUCAUGGUGACAAGAUUGUCCAAGCUAUGAAUUCAAAACUGACUCUUAAUGGAAGUUUGCCAGCUUCCUCCUAUGAAGCUUUGCCAAGUUUUCGAGACGUUCCAAAUUCAGAGAAGCAGAAUUUGUUUAUAAGGAAGCUGCAAAUGUGUUGUGUUCUAUUUGACUUCACUGACCCUACAAAGAACCUCAAAGAAAAGGAGAUUAAGCGACAGACACUAGCAGAACUUGUGGAUUAUGUUUCUUCAGCUACUGGAAAGUUUACAGAUGUGAUGAUGCAAGAAAUCAUAAAGAUGGUGUCUAUAAAUUUGUUUCGGACAUUGACUUCUCCGCCCCGAGAGAACAAAAUUCUAGAAGCAUUUGAUGUGGAUGAGGAAGAACCUUCAAUGGACCCUGCAUGGCCGUACUUGCAAAUUGUGUAUGAACUUCUUCUAAGGUUUGUCACAUCACCGGAGACUGAUGCAAAGUUGGCAAAAAGGUAUAUUGAUCAUUCAUUUGUUCUCAGACUGUUAGACCUUUUUGAUUCAGAGGACCCCAGGGAACGAGAUUACUUGAAGACCGUUCUUCACCGUAUAUAUGGAAAAUUUAUGGUACACCGACCAUACAUCAGAAAAGCAAUCAACAAUAUAUUCUACCGUUUCAUUUUUGAAACAGAGAAACACAAUGGGAUUGCAGAACUCUUAGAAAUUUUGGGAAGUAUAAUCAAUGGGUUUGCUUUGCCGCUGAAAGAAGAGCACAAACUUUUUCUUGUGCGAGCUCUUAUUCCUCUUCAUAAACCAAAAUUCAUACCAAUGUACCACCAGCAGUUAUCUUACUGCAUCGCACAGUUUGUGGAAAAAGACUGCAAGCUUGCUGAUACUAUUAUACGGGGAUUAUUAAAAUACUGGCCCAUUACAAAUAGUUCUAAGGAGGUUAUGUUCAUAGGGGAGCUAGAGGAAGUCUUGGAAGCAACUCAACCUGCAGAGUUUCAACGAUGUAUGGUGCCCUUGUUCCGCCAAAUAAGCCGUUGCUUGAGCAGUUCACAUUUCCAGGUUGCAGAGAGGGCUUUGUUCUUAUGGAAUAAUGAUCACAUUGAGACCCUAAUCAAGCAGAACCACAAGAUUAUACUUCCCAUCGUCUUACCUGCGCUAGAGCAAAAUGCACGAAACCACUGGAACCAGGCCGUCCAGAGUUUGACUAUAAAUGUUCGAAAAAUAUUCUCUGACACUGACCCUGAGUUCUAUGAAGAGUGCAUGAUCAAAUUUCGGGAAAAUGAGGCACAAGAGAAGGAUAUAAAGUCAAAGCGUGAAGCCAGAUGGAAGCGUUUGGAAGAAAUGGGAGGCAUGAAAGCUGCAACAAAUGAACCAGUUCUGGUUUCUCCAAGAACUGGUGCCUCCCAUGCCACUUCUGGCAAGGCAAGUAGAGAAUGAUCCUUGAUUUUUGGCAUUGAAGGGUUGAAAAGCAAGAGAAUACAAGGGUGAUUAUGUGUUGCUUUUUGUUGUUACCCUUGGCCAAUGCUAAAAACCAACUUGGUUUUGCAAGCAUGGAAUGUGUGUAUAUAUUGGAUUGCAUGGACAUAAAUUGAUGCCUCAAGCCAGAGUGUAUCUGGGAAUUUGCUUUCAAAAGCUGCUCUUUACAGUUUGAAGUCUUAAAAAAUCUCAAUUGGCUUGAGUUCAACGUUUAAUCUGCUUUCAUACUUCAACUUUGAUGGAAGCCUGCUCCAUUUUUUGUUGCCAAUGUUUAGUGUUAAUUUUGGUUUUUCUUCUUUUUGGUGUAGGUGAGUUGGUUGUUUUUUAAGGAAA